AUGAACGCCGCCAUCGAGUUCUAUGACAAGAGAACAGUUACUGUGUUUCUGGGACCAGUCUGCGAUUAUGCAGUAGCUCCUAUAGCACGACAGAUCAGAUACUGGCAGCUUCCAUUGGUCACGCCGGGGGCUAUGGCUGGAGAUUUUGGCUUCCUCAAGACGUCCAUGUUUCCCCUGUUGACUAGAGUUGGCUCCAACUUCAACUCUCUUCUGGAACUGCUAGCCAGGUUUCUCAAGCAUUUCCGCUGGCAGAAGAUGAAGUUGAUCUACAACCCCGACGGCUUCGCUAACAUAAUGGACCGGUACUGUCAUAUAGUGCUGUCAUGUAAGUGGGUUUUGUCAAAUAAGUGGGCGCU